UUCUGUGUGCAGAGAUUUAAUGCAAAGCAUUCAUGGCUGAGAUUAGUUUCGGAGAAAGAGACAGAAUAGGAACUGAACGUUGGCCUUUAUCUGGUACUUACAAAGACCUAAUUCAGUGUAAUUCUGUGGUUUAGCAGUAAUGUGUGGGAAACUACAACUGCAGACUGGAGUCUCCUAGGCUUGUGUGAUAUUAAUAAAUCAAUUCACAAACUGUAUAUGGAUAAAAUAAUUAGCUGAAAAUAACUAGAAAGGAAUUUCUGAUUUAGCCUAAUUCAGUGAAUUAGAUACCUGCCAAAUCAAGAAACUUUAUCACAUUGAUGCACAAAUCAUAUAAAAAUCCAAUAUUGCCACAAAGGAGACAGACUUGGCAACGCUGCCCACAAUGGCCUAAUACACCCAAAAAUAUUAAAUUGAUAGCUACCACAAUAUAAACAGCAUGGCAGAAUCUCAGACAGCGGACUAUAUAUUGUCAUAUUGCCACUUCUAAUGGAAACGCCUGUUCAGUAAAUCUAUGCCAUGUCCGACCCACAUUCCGGACGAGGGUCAUGAAGUCAUGUCAGAUGUCGUGUGUUGACCCGUCCAGAUUAUCAAGUUCAACCCACAUCUGUGUUGGAAGUCAGCAUUCAAGACAAGACUCUGGUGGACUUUGAAACAGGAAGUUAUAGAUAUUUACAGAAAUCCCUGUAUAUUUCGUCUUUAGUUUGACAUCACACUCUGGUUCUUACUUCACCAUUUGUUACCCACACACAUCUUUUCUUGCAGAGCCGGCUGAUCGUUUCCUCCCUGAUUCUCUUUGUCAGCUCUUGUUGCUCAUGUGACUCCUCCUGCUGAGUUGACAAGACUGACAACAAGUGAAGAUGGCCACUUUCCUCUGUCACAGUAAUCUGUAUUUGUAGUGUACAUAGUGUAUGUACUUGUUGAGUUCUGGCCAAUCAGAGGAAGAUGAAAGACCUCAUAUAAUUUAAGACAAACAGAUAGACAGGGUGACACAAAUAUGAGUUUGAUAUUCAGAUCCACUGAAUUCUUUCUGCUGUGCGACCUCAACCUGCGAGGGAAACUCAGUGUGUAUUUUCUACAUCGUACUAUAUGUACUGCCCUGUGUCCAGUGUUGCUGUGGUAACAAAGCGGGGAGUAUGUGUAUGUAUGUGUGCGCAUAUGUGUAUGUAUGAGUGUGUGUAUUGUGUAACAGCAGGUUAUCACUGUCUUACCUCAGAGGACUUGAUAUUGUUGAUCAUGCAUGUCAGGAGUAGGACUGAAAAAAACACAUGUUAAAAGCUCUCAGAUAACAGUUAAACAGUACUGUAAACAGUACAUCUUCCAUGAAAAACUGCCACUUAUUGUUGGUACUAUAAAUCUCUGUCUUGGGUUAACAGGAAUGUCUUCCGAAUAGACUCCGACUGUGUUAUUCUCACACACAGCUGUCCAUACAUUCACAGCAAGCAGCCUUGUGUACUGGAAUAACAAGGUCGCUUGUGUGUUCUUCACUCUGAAUGUUAGUAUCCCUUGGCAAUUUCAGUAUAAUCAGAGAUAGUGUAAGAAGAAACUAAGAAAUCCUUUUUGUUUGUGUAUAGUCUAUUCUCUGCCAGAAAUAACAGGGUUGUGUCAGAACUUCUAAUUUGGCUUUAUGCUCAAUAAACAGUGUCGUACAACAGGAUACACAGCAGACAGAAUAAUGUAAACACGUCAUGGAAAAAGACUCUAAAUUAAGUUAACGAGUUAUAAAUACAGCUGUAAAUGUGGGUCAUAUUAGGGGGAAUGCCAGUAAGCAACACUUAUCAGCUAUAAAAGAGAUCUGUGUAAUCAGCGCUUGAUUAGAAACGCAAGACAGCAGCGCUCCAAAGAGGCCAAAUUAUCUGCUCCAAAAAUGUAGGUGCAUUAGUUAAUUUUGGCCAUUUUUUCAGUUUGAAACUAUGAAAAGAAACUUUUUGCAUGUCUCUUGUGGUAUCUAGUCAUGCCAAGUUUUGAGAUAUCUGUUUCUGAGAUUUCUGCCUCCACUGCAGUACAAUGGAGUAUUAGUGUGUGAGGCUCACAGCACUGAAAUAUUGCAUUAAAAACAUUUGACUUUGAUUUGUGUCUUUACACAAACAGUGCAUGUGUUACCCUCUGGAUAAUCCACAGACCUCACAUCAACAGUUUUCAGAGUUUCAGUAAAAACUAUUUAUAGCGUAUUCUGUGGAUUAUUCAGUAAGUAAGAUAAGUAACAUGGACACCGUUUCUUAAGGAGCCCCCAAAGUCCUGAAAUAUAUUUUUUAUUUUGUGUGCACAAAAUAAAAAAUAUAACUUGUUUGCACAACAUAUUAUCUCAUGCUGGAUUUUAUUCACACAAGAUAAUUUGUUUUGCGCACAAUAUGGAUCUAAUAUCUUGUUUGCACAAGUUAUUAUCACAUGCGCACAAUAUAAUAUAUUACUCACACAAGAUAGCAUCUUGUGCAAACAAGGGCUUCUGGGAAUCCAUAGUUUCUGAAGACAAUGUUGUCGAUUUUUUAAAAUGUGCUUUUUCAGUGCUGUUGAAAAAAUCCAUUAUAUUGAGAUUAUUAAUAAUCUAUAAAAUCUUGACUACAUACGCCAAACACAGACAAACUGCAUCAACAGAGAGAAACAGUGAUCAGUAGCUGAAAAUACCCACUGGGGAUAUGAUAUCCCAACCAGCAGUGUUUGCAGUCAUGAACUCCAUCGAAGAGGAGCUUGGACGGCAUGCAAAGUUGUGAAAUUUCCUCAGACAGCACUGAUGAUCCUCUUAGUAGCGGCUUACGCACUCAUCGGCAGCCUCGAAUAGUAGUGAUUGGUGCUGGCUUGGCCGGCCUUGCUGCAACUAAGGUCCUACUGAAAAACGGCUUCACAGAUGUCACUGUCCUAGAGGCUUCAGACCACAUCGGCGGGAGAGUUCACAGUGUUCAGCACGGAAAAGCAACUUUGGAGCUUGGAGCCACCUGGAUCCAUGGUGCCAAUGGGAACCCAGUGUACCACCUGGCAGAGGACAACGGGCUGCUGGAGCACACCACGGACGGGGAGAGAAGCGUGGGACGCAUCAGCCUGUACACCAAGAACGGUGUGGCUCAUUACCAGACCAACGUCGGGAAGAGGAUCCCCAAGGACCUGGUGGAGGAGUUCAGUGACCUGUACAACGAGGUGUACGAGCUGACUCAGGAGUUCUUCCAAAAUGGGAAGCCAGUUUGUGCUGAAAGCCAGAACAGCGUUGGCGUCUUUACACGGGACGUGGUGCGCAAGAAGAUCAUGUUGGAUCCUGAUGAUUCUGAGAGCACCAAGAAGCUCAAACUGUCCAUGCUUCAACAGUACCUCAAGGUGGAGAGCUGUGAAAGCAGCUCUCCCAGUAUGGAUGAGGUGUCUCUGAGUGAGUUUGGCGAGUGGACGGAGAUCCCUGGUGCACAUUAUGUCAUUCCUGAAGGUUUCAUGAAGAUUGUGGAGGUCCUGGCCCAGGACAUCCCCUCCCGCACCAUCUGCCUUAGCAAACCGGUCCGCUGUAUCCACUGGAACUACUCAGCCCAGCAUCAGGAGGUGAUCGCCAAGAGCAGCGACAACAACCAGGACAACAACCACAACGAAAACAACCACGGCUGCCAACCUCACGAGGACCCUCUGAUCCUGGGUCACCCCAUUUACGUGGAGUGUGAGGACGAGGAGUGGAUCACAGCCGACCAUGUGAUCGUGACAGCUUCUCUGGGCGUCCUCAAGCAGAACCGCGAGGCCAUGUUCUCCCCCUCUCUGCCUGAGGACAAAGUGCUCGCCAUCGAGAAGCUGGGCAUCAGCACCACCGAUAAGAUAUUCUUAGAGUUUGAGGAGCCCUUCUGGAGCCCAGAGUGCAACAGCAUCCAGUUUGUGUGGGAGGAUGAGGCUCAGCUAGAACAGCUUGUUUACCCUGAGGAGCUGUGGUACAAGAAGAUCUGCAGCUUUGACGUCCUCUACCCGCCCGAGCGCUACGGCCACAUGCUGAGUGGCUGGAUCUGUGGGCAGGAGGCGCUGUACAUGGAGCGUUGCGAUGACGAAACAGUGGCUGAGACCUGCACUGAGCUGCUGAGGCGCUUUACAGGGAACCCUGACAUUCCAAAGCCCUGGCGUGUCCUGCGCUCCUCGUGGGGCAGUAACCCCUUCAUGCGAGGUUCCUACUCCUUCACCAGGGUGGGAUCCAGCGGUGGGGACUGUGAGAGGCUAGCCAUGCCACUGCCUUAUGCCAACAGCACCAAGGCUCCGCCUCUACAGGUCCUGUUUGCUGGAGAGGCCACCCACAGAAAAUACUAUUCCACUACCCAUGGUGCUUUGCUGUCAGGACAGAGAGAGGCCACUCGCCUAAUAGAGAUGUACCAGGACUUGCACAGAGCUGAAACCACAAAGCCUAAUAUGUAAAAUAAAACAAACCUCUGACUAGUGAAAAAAAAAAUACAGAACUGUUGAGUUUUAAGCUUUUUAUCUUGAUGAUUAAGUUAUACUUAAAAGCAUAGCUCGGGCAUUAUUACAUUGAUAACAAAUGAGUAUUGUUUCUAUUGUACUGUAGAUUUGAAUCAUGCUAAAUUUUAUUUGAGAUGUACUGUUCAGAAGUUGCCAAUGGUGCUGUCAUUUCUUGUCUUUAUCAUUCUGUCAUUCUGUUUUUGUUUUUCUAAUCAGUAAUUUAAUGUUUAUAAUAACAGCAUCUGUAAUUUAACUUGUUUUUGUAAGUGCCUUCUGUACGUAACGUUAUGUUAUUUCAAAAAUAAUGGAAAUACUAAAUCAAAUUUGAGAAAGGUUUAACAAAAUAAAAGUUCUAUCAUCAUCUAA